AUGUCUUUGUUGUCAGCUGCUGGUGCAAACGACGAUGCCCAGGGCCCACUCACUCAGGAGGAGAUGGAGUCCUUUUGUUGUGGGCCUGUCCUUGGCUCGGGAAGCUAUGGUGCCGUUCAUUUGGGCAUUCUAGCCACUGGGAGACUGGUAGCGGUAAAGUACAUCAGUACUCAGAACUCCACCAAAAAAGCCCUUUUCCAAGUGGAGACGGAAGUCAACAUGCUGAAGGAACUUUCUCAUCCAAACAUCAUCCGUUAUUUGGGUUGCCGCACAGAUCAUGACUAUGUUUUGAUAUUUAUGGAAUUUGCUGUGGCUGGAAACUUAACCAGCAUUAUAAGGAGCUUUACUGGGCUAAACGAAUCUGUGAUUCGAUACUACACAUAUCAGAUGCUGCUUGGGCUGCGUUACCUGCAUCAGAAGGGCGUGGUGCAUCGAGAUGUCAAGGGGGAAAAUGUUCUCGUGGAUGGCUUGGGUGUCGUCAAGCUAGCAGAUUUUGGCUCCUCUAAAAAUUUGCUAGGCAUAAAUGAUCACAGCCGUGCGGGGUGUGAUACGCUUGUCGGCUCACCAUAUUGGAUGGCCCCAGAGGUAAUACGCAAUGAGCCUUACGGGACGAAGGCCGACAUAUGGUCCGUUGGCUGCACCGUCGUAGAAUUGCUCAACGGCGGAGUUCCGCCGUGGCGAAAGGAGUUUGACAAUGUUGUUUCAAUGUUGUAUCUCGUAGGGAACACUGACGUCAUGCUGACCAUUCCAGAGGGAUCCUCAGAGUUGUGUCGCGACUUUUUAAAAAAGUGUCUUGAGCGGGACACAACGAAGCGGCCAUCAGCCGAGGAACUUCUUAAGCAUCCGUGGCUGGGUCUGCCUGGAGAAGAGCUCAGUACUGCCACCAAGGGCGUUUCCAACGUGUCAAGUUCAACAGAGCAUCUCUUGUGCGGGUGCUCGUGA